AUGUCAAUUCAUAUGAUCUGGUUUAUUUGGUUACUGUAUCAUUGUGUAUUAGUGAAACUCUGUAAUCAAUCAACAUUUCAUCAAAUCAAGCCUAAUCCACCUUUGCAUAUUAUCAAUGAUUUACCGACAAGACGACAACAGUUGACAUUACGAGCUGAGUUACACUUAAGUUUUGUUGGUACUAUUUAUGGAUUUAUUAUGUCUAUUCGUAGAAUAUCAAAUCUUAUUCUAGACAACGAUAUACUACACAAUGAGAAACAAUCGAAUUUAGAUAAUCGAAAUUAUUUUAUGUGUUAUUUAACAAGACACAUAUCACUUGGUGUUUUAACAGUUUACUGGAUCACUUUGCUAAUUAUAAUUCUUAUCAAUAUACACUAUAUGAAAUCAGUUACUUUUCCUAUAAAUCAAGUAAUAUCAAUUAUAAGCUUUUUGAUACAAAUAGUCAGCUAA